AUGUCGACACAUAUUUCUUAUACUGUUGAAUCUUCAAUCUCUGCGUAUUCUGCUUCAGAGUAUAGUGAAUCUGAAUAUGAUCCUAACGGUAGAUUUUUCAUUUCUUUUCCUAUCGAUUCUUUAUAUAAUUUAUUGAAUCACUUGUGCAUAAUAGACGAACGUUGGGACGAUUGGGAGGAAGAAACACAAGAUUCAAAAUGUUUGUUCUGCAAGGACUUAUUUAAUGCAACGAACGAGCUGUUUCAGCAUUGCAAAGAAAGGCACGGCUUUGACUUUCAGACACUUCGUACUGAACUAAAACUCGACUUUUAUCAGUCUAUUCGCCUAAUAAAUUAUAUCCGUAAUCAGGUCUUAAACAAUUCAGGAUUGGAAAAUACCACAUCUUAUUCAAUACCAGAUAUACAAGCGAUCAUUAACGAUGAUGCAUACCUCAAGCCUGUACACGAGGAUGACCCUUUAUUAUAUGCAUUUGACAGUGCAGAUACCGACGAAUUUGAUGUGGAUACACCUUCAGAAAAAUUAAUUGAUCAUGAUGAUCAAGAAGCUUUAACAGCAAGUUUAAAUAUAACUACACCAUUAGAGCACGAACUUCUUAAACGACUCAGAAUUGCUGAAGAAAAACUCUUUAAUACAGAUGUACAACUCAGAAAGACUGAAAAUCAAUUUGAUGAAUAUAGAAAUAUGGUAAAAGAAUCAUUCUUUGACAGUUAUUUUGACGCUGAAAGCGAAAAAUCAGUGAAUUCAUUGCAACUAACUAGUAAUUCUGAAACAAAAGAUUACUUUAAUUCAUAUGCAAAAAAUG